CGUGUGCGCCCGGCGCCACGCUUUCUGCGGCAGGGGACGUUUUGGUCCGGGAGCGGAGUUUCUGGUCUGCGGUUUGGCUCUCGGAGCGGCUCUGUCCACUGCUCCGUGCCCGCUCAGCGGCCGCGUCUCCACCCUAUUCCCGCCCGUGGUCGGCUCUGUUCCCGGCCGGGCUCCAGGCGCCAUGGCUUCCCGCGGGAGGAAGCGGAAGGCGGAGGCGGCGGUCACGGCGGCCGAGAAGCGGGAGAAGCUGGCCGGCGGCGGGAAGGGAGUGGAGGAGGCGACGGUCGUUAUCGAGCAUUGCGUAAGCUGACGCGUCUACGGGCGCAACGCCGCGGCCCUGAGCCAGGCGCUGCGCCUGGAGGCCCCCGAGCUUCCAGUGAAGGUGAACCCUGCCAAGCCCCGGAGGGGCAGCUUCGAGGUGACGCUCGUGCGCCCCGACGGCAGCAGUGUGGAGCUCUGGACUGGGAUCAAGAAGGGGCCCCCACGCAAACUCAAGUUCCCUGAGCCUCAAGAGGUGGUGGAGGAGCUGAAGAAGUACCUUUCGUAGGGAGGUUUGGGCAGAAGUCUCAGGCUGAGCCUUCUGUCCCUGGUGAUGUUGGAGCAUUUAUGACGGGACAUGGCCAAACUUCAGUCAUGUGCCUGAAGCUGUGCUUUCUCCUCCUCCAGAAAUGAUGGUUCAGUUGUGAGGCAACCCUCUAGUAAAGCACUGAAAAGUUCUUGGAUUUGGUUUGUUUAAUAAAAGUUGAAAUAAAGUA